AUCUCUCAGUGUGCCAUCUUUUCCACAUGAUACUUCAUCUUUGUUUCAUCUCCCUCUCCUCCUUAAUUCUGCGGAUUAGUCUAUCUUCACGUCAAAUACCGGCGUUCAUCUCCCUCCGGAAAGGGAUAUACGCGCUAUAUACAUGGUUAUCUACUGUAAGAGCUUUCUGGUCCAUGAAGUCGCAGAUAGGGGAAAAGAGGAAGAACGAGCUGGCGGAUGAGCGCCAAUCAACCAAAAAUGGAAGCAAGAACAACGCCACCGGCGGCGGGAACAAGAAGAAUGUCCCUGUGGUGGCGAAGAAGCCUAAGGUUGUUCCAGUCGAGCCGAUGGCGAAAAUAGUCCUAGCAAGUGAUGGCACUCGAACUAAGAGGAGGGCUGAUCAUGACCAUGUGGCUCCUGCAAUUGCCCCAGCACCACCUCGUGGUAUGGACAUCCCGUCGGCCAAGCAUAGCGCAACAAGUCAGCCGCCGCCAUCACCACUGCUGCCACAGGCUGUCAACCAGAUGGUUCAAUGGACGGAUACAAAUCCAGAUGAUUAUGAGCAGCUUCCCGGUAGUUCUCCUUGGCUUCAGGCUCGUACUAAAGUUAGCAGGCUCCAACCCGUGAAAGGCAGUGGCAGGGCCGACCAUAACAGCAAGAAAUUGCUUGACAAGUUGGACUCCUGGCUCCAGAAGCGCGAGCGGAAUGACCUUAAGAGUACAAGCGUGUUGGUCUUGAAGAUGAGAUUGCACUGCGAAGGCUGCAUACGCAAAAUCCGGAAAGCUCUGAAGAAGUUUGAAGGAGUCGAGGAUUUUGCCUUCAAUGCGGACAGAGAUCUAGUGGCUGUGUUGGGCGCCGUCAACGAGGAGAAACUCGUUUGGCACCUGGAGCGGGACCUGAAGAAAGAGAUCCCUGUGGUUCUUUCGGCGAAAAGGACCGACAACAAGGAAGCUGCAGUGCCGGCUGCUGAUGGUAGGACAAGUGCUCAUCCUUUACCUCAACAACAUUUCGAACAAGCACCGGUAGUUACUAGAAAAAGCACCGGUGCACCGGUCGAUGAGAAACACUGCAUCGAGCCGCCUGUCGACCUGGAGAGCAAGUCCAAGGAGGGUCAUCCGGUAGCCAGUUGUGCUGGUAUACAGGGUUGCGUCCAGCGAAUAACUCCAGCAACUCCGCCGCCGAUCUGUGAGAAGGAUGUCAACGGGAGAGCGAGUGACAGUGUGCCGGUGACAAAUAAUCUGAGCAGCUACGGCGUACAUUAUUAUGGUGACAGUGGUGCCAACCACCUCUUACAUCAGAAUCCGGACACGUUCAUGGAAAAUCUCGACAUGUUCAAUGAGGAGAAUCCUCAUGCUUGCUCCAUCAUCUCUCCCCUACCCAAGAAGGACGCUGCCCCCGCCGGAGACAAGAAGCCCCCGGCGGAGAAGAAGAAGGAAGAGGACAAGAAACCUAAACAGACAACGGUCGUCUUGAAGAUCAGACUACACUGCGAUGGCUGCAUUCAGAAUAUCAGAAAACUCAUCUUAAAGAUCAAAGGGGUAGACUCCGUGAACAUUGAGGCAGCGAAGGAACUAGUCGCGGUGACGGGGACAAUGGACGUGAAGGAGCUAGCCCCGUACCUCAAGGAGAAGGUCAAGCGCAGCGUCCAGGUGGUUCCUCCGCCGACCAAGAAGGACGAUGGUGGCGCAGACAAGAAGGAGGGUAAAGAAUCUGGUGGCGGAGACAAAAAGGAGUCCUAUGGCUACUACAGCCAUAGCUACGCGGUGGAGCCCUAUGGCUACCACGGUGGAUAUGCCGCCCCGCCGGCUUCGGUUUAUGCUCAUGCAGUGCACGAGGGAUACUCGCCUUACCCACAGCACCCUUUGGAUCCACGGCUUCACACGCCGCAGAUGUUCAGCGACGAGAAUCCGAAUGCCUGCUCCGUCAUGUGAGGUGGACUUGACUCGAGAGGGGUGUGAUAGGUAGAGAAAUUAUACAAUGGUGUCCAAAUUGUAAAUUGUAAAUUAUAAGCACUCAGAUUCUUACAAUGGAAAAACUCUCUCUCUCUGUUUUUUUUCCUUGUUUAAUAAGUGCUAUGGAAAAACUAAUCUUUUUUCCUUAUAUGAGAAGA